GGCACUAUGUGUAAACCGUAAUGCUUCGGGUAAUACAAACGCCUCGGAAACCCGAUCCCGUCUCGACGAUUAUGUAAGUAUUCAAGGACUAAGACAUGCGGGUCCGUUCAACACACCGAGAUGUGAUGUGGAAAUAACUCUUAUUAAACACGAACACGGGUAGAAGGAUAAUAUCAAGCAAGAUACGAAUAGACUAAUAUACAAAAGUAUAUGCACAUAAUGAUUAUAUUAUAUAACCCCCACACAAUGAAUGCAUGUGUACUUCGAUACCUCGGAUCUGACAGGCAAACAGAAAAGAAAAAAAAAAAUCUAGAUCUAAUCGACAGGACAUAUUAAGUUUAGCGCGUUCGCCCCUCCAUUGGAACUCUCCCACAUUCGUCCUUGCCCAAAAUUUUGAGGGUCUCCGCUAAGAAAAUCUGCCCCUCACUAUCUGUCGCAAAAAAGCCGUCUUUUUCCUCCUCUACUUAACUGACAACCUUUCCCCAUCGUUCAUCCUUCGUCGAUCAGAUCUUACUCUCCUCGUCUAUUGCUCAUCAGAAUCCUCUGCUAUUAUCGCCAACAUGAUUAUCUUCAGGGACGCCCUUACUGAGAGCAAGGAUGAGCUGCUGUCCGACUCCUUCAAGCUGAAGGAGGUCGACGGAGUCGCCUACGAGGCUGACUGCGCCAUGAUUGAGAUCGGCGCCGUCGAAGUCGACACUGGCGCCAACGCCUCUGCCGAGGAGGCUGACGAGGGUAUUGAAGACUCUGCCCAGAAGGUCAACAACAUCAUCCACUCCUUCCGUCUCCAGCCUACCAGCUUCGAUAAGGCCUCGUAUCUUUCCUACCUUAAGGGCUACAUGAAGAAGCUCGCCAAGCACAUCAAGGACAAGGGUGCUUCCGAUGAUGAAGUCAAGGACUUCCAGACCAAGGCCCAGGCCUUCGCGAAGAAGAUUGUCAGCAACUUCAAGGACUACGAGUUCUACACUGGUGAGAGCAUGGAUGUUGACGGAAUGGUGGUUCUUCUCAACUACCGUGAGGAUGGUGUUACUCCCUAUGUCACCGUCUGGAAGCACGGUUUAGAGGAGAUGAAGGUUUAAGCGCCUGCUUAAUGAUUACGGUC